CCAAAACACAACAAUACAAUAGACAAAAUCAUAUUUAUGCACAAUAUUGUAAGACCCUAAACCCGAAAGAACAUAGAACGCCAUUAAAGAAACCUGAAACCAAAUUGAUUAGCCGAUUGGCUUUCUUUUUGUAGACUGAAUUGUUCCAACCAGGAGCGACCAUACAAAAUCCACGAACCAUAAGGUUUCCCUAUUAAAGAGAUAAAAGGCUAUAGGAAAGUAUCAAAAAGAAGUAAUAUGGCUCUAAGGGAAUUUUUAGGAUGGUCUAAUGGGGAGUUAAUGAGAUCGGAUGCAAAACCCUGUUCAACAAUGAUACGGCAAACUGCUGGCAUCUUCAGUGUUUGUGGAGCUCUAGCAUUUUGGACUCUUGGUAGGGUAUAUUAUGGUCCACGUAUAACAAUCCCCAGGGCGCUUAGAUGGGGUUUGUGUGGAGCAGUUUCAGGGAGCUGUAGCUCAGCUUUGCUUGUUCGCCUUUUUCUACCUGAAUGUGAGCCACAAAAUAUAGCUGCAUAUGACAAACAUGCUUCUUGAGGAUGUACCAGUUCAGUGUCCUGUACUAUUAUCAUCCAUCAUUUCAACUCAUACAAUACAACUGACAAUUUUUCUCUGUUUGAUCAAAAUUUAAAUGUUAAGAUUUUAUCACCAUUCCCGAUCAUGACUCAUGAGUAUUGAUAAUACAAUACUAGCUAUCAGAGUCUCAUUUUACUAGUAAUUGGACUAUGUUCAUUUUUUGGUCAUGUUUAAGUCCACAAAAUAGCCAAAGAGGCUUUCCCUUAAAAACGGUCAUGCCUGUUGAAAAGUACUUUUUGCCAAUGAGAUAAGAAAAGGUAGGCUGAUGUACCUAAUUGUGGUGUGAGAAGAGCAAUGGUCUGUGAUUUCUUG